UGCCUUCUUCAAUCUUCGUACUGUCCCCUCCACUGUCCAAACCAAAAGGGAGAGACUUUGGUACCUUCUUUGGACCGAAUCAGCCAUGUGCUCGCUUCCCUGCUAUAUAUACUUUUUCACAUCCCAACCCACCAAAGUAUCGAUCUUCACUAUUUUAUAUACCACUUCUUCCAAAAUCCAAAUCCCCCUCCCUUUCUCUCUCCCUCUCUAAGAUGGGUUUUCCAGCUAAUGGAGCCUCGGUAACCGACAAGCCGUUCAAGUUCCUGAUCUACGGCCGCACCGGUUGGAUAGGAGGUUUACUGGGGAAGCUCUGCCAGGAGCAGGGUAUCGACUUCGCCUACGGCUCAGGGCGCCUCGAGAACCGCUUGUCGCUCGAGGCGGACGUGGCGGCUGUCAAUCCCAGCCAUGUCUUCAACGCCGCUGGCGUCACGGGCCGCCCCAACGUCGACUGGUGCGAGUCCCACAAGGUCGAGACCAUCAGGACCAACGUCGUUGGGACCCUCACUUUGGCUGACGUUUGCAGGGAGAAGGGCCUCGUCUUGAUCAACUACGCCACCGGGUGUAUUUUCGAGUACGAUUCUGGUCACCCCAUCGGCUCCGGCAUCGGGUUCAAGGAGGAGGACGCCCCCAACUUCGUCGGAUCUUUCUACUCCAAGACCAAGGCAAUGGUGGAAGAACUUCUCAAGAACUAUGAGAAUGUCUGCACCUUGCGUGUCAGAAUGCCCAUCUCGUCCGAUUUAUCCAACCCUCGUAACUUCAUCACAAAAAUCACUCGGUACGAGAAGGUAGUGAACAUACCAAACUCGAUGACGAUCUUGGAUGAACCUCCGAUCUCCAUUGAGAUGGCAAAGAGAAAUCUCACUGGGAUAUGGAACUUCACAAACCCCGGCGUGGUCAGCCACAAUGACAUAUUAGAGAUGUAUAGGGAAUACAUUAACCCCAACUUCACAUGGAAGAACUUUACUCUUGAGGAGCAGGCAAAGGUAAUCAUUGCCCCAAGAAGCAACAAUGAGCUUGAAGCCACGAAAUUGAAGCAGGAAUUUCCUGAACUCUUAUCCAUUAAGGAGUCGCUGAUUAAGUAUGUUUUCAAACCAAAUCAGAAGACUGCUGGAGCAUAAAAGUUUUAGGUUCAAGCUUAUCAGUUUCCCUAUUGCUAUUUGUUCUGUUCUAUUUACUUAUAUAUUAAAAAAAAAUGUUCUGUUCUGUUCUGUCCAUGCGGGAUGAUGGGAUGUAUCCACCAUAUGGGUUCCUCUCUUCCCAUUUUUCAUGCAUGCUUGAUUUCCCUGUCAGUAUUGAAUUAAUGUUGUAUUUGUAUUUCGAUGACAAAUAAAUUAGUUGGAAGUGAUUUUUUGU